AUGGCCCUUGAAGCACCUCUAAGGUCAUCGACUGGAAGCCUACAGUUCCCAUUCGCUUAUCCUCAGACAGACAUGUCUGCGCCCACAGAAUCCGAGAGCCGUCGCUCUCCAUUCAGACCAUUCUCUUCUCCCCCUCCCGUUACCGAUUCAUCCUCGCUUCGACCCAAUUCCGUCAAUCGUAUGUCGAGUAGCUCCUACAACGUAAUGAGCCCCAGCGAUAUCGUGGGCCCUUCUCCAGUCACUUCAAAUGGCACCGAAACAACCGAGAUCGAGGAUGAUGUUUCAGAGGACAUUGAGAGGGAAGCUCCUGGCAGAAGCAAUGCCCGUCGGUCAGAGCUUUUAAUGCUUACAACGAAUCUACCAGAGAGCGUACGCCAAUCCAAUAGCGAGGAAGCCGUUUCUGUUAUUCACGCGCCCGAAAGCUUUGCCAGCUGGGUUGCUCCAGCACCGGUGAUGGAACAAAGAGGACCAAGUCCUAGGACAUCCCCAAAGUCAGAAGCUGAAAGUCUAGCAUCGGUCAAUGGCGCGUCGGAGAAGACAUCGACUCACCCAACUCGACCUCCGAUUUUUACCGAUGUCAACCCUGUGCGAUACAGCAUAGACAGCGCCACACCUCGAGCUCAGGAUUUGCAAUCUAUGCUGGAUGAUGGGGCUCGGUUGCGCUCAAGCAGCACGAGCAGUCUUGAGAAAAUCGAUGAGCAAACUGAAGCCGAGGGUGAUGAUGAGGAAUAUGAAUCAGAAGCCAUACCAAUACCCCAGCAACAAGACGAGAUUGAGACUUUACGAACGACCCUCACGGAGUGUUGGACUCUUUGCAAUAGUCUGUCAAAGCUGAGUUCGAUCAACCGUAACCGUGCCCAUGGCAAAAGCGGCAUCCCUGACGCCCACGAAAAAGCAUGGAGGACAUGUUGGAAGCUUUGUCAAAGGCUUUACAGCAGUCGGGAUGAGGAUGCUAGCAACUUCAAUGUCAAGGUUAACCUUGAUCUCUGCCGCGACUUCUGCCAAGCACUAUUUGAUGUGCGACAACGCAAUGACGAAGCGGCAGACUCUGUUAUGCGUGUUAGUUUCGAGCUCAACAAUCACUUGUACAGCGCUCAAGACGUCAACCUUCCGGAGGAGUUCAGGGAGCGCACACUAGACUUUUACAUCGCCCUGUGCCAUCGACUCAUGAAGCAACGGAGUGAUCUGGCAGAAGAGACCGACCAAUUGCUCCGAGCCUGCUGGGCACUUGCAGAAAUGCUUUUCAACCUCAGGCAAAAUCGAAGGGAUGGAAGACCCCCAGAUGAAGAGCUACUGAGCUCCACCGUCCAGGCUUGCUGGGAGCUGUGCGAUGUUUUCCGAGACAGCUGGACGCAGGUUCGGCCAGACCGGGGAACACCUCGACUAGGACAUGCAUUCCCUCAGCAUUUGAACGAUCAAAGCGGUCGGCAAAGUCGCGGAUCAAAUCCGUCAUCAGUCCACUCAAGACAUGACAGCGUGAAGAGCGGAAGACAGGAGGAGAAACCAAGAAACCCUGCCAUUCCAGAGACCCCCGUGACCGAGUUCGAGGACACGCCUAUCUCUCCCCAGAGUCGUUCGCCCACGAUGCCCAACAUUCUUGUUCUUGGUACACCAAGCGAUAAUAGUCGUGGCCGAUGGUCGAGCAGCGCCUCCAACCUUUCGAGCUACUCAAAGAGUAGCGCCCGGACUUCGAGCACAGCAACUACAACAGCGGCUUCGGAAGAUCCGAAUGUGACACGUGCGAAAGUACUUGUUCUUCGAGCUGCUAUGAACUUGGGCUUCAACCGUGACUCGAUCCAUGACCCCAAGGCUGCCGCUACGGCCUUGCAAAAGUUUGUACAGGAUCUUCCUCCUGGAUCUUUCGGGUCCCUCAUCUCGCACUCGAACUUGCUAGCACAAUACAAGAACUCUGUUCUCACUGAUGCCAUAAUUCCUAGACAUCACACCUUGCCCACUCGAGGCAAACGCGUCACUGCCCAGGAAAUGGCUAAGAGCAUCCAAAUGAUGAUGAAGAGUUCGCAAAGAUAUUCUUAUCUGCGAGAUCUUUUCCGGGUCGUUUACCAGUUUCCAAUUGAAGAGGUUGACACCCGUCGCAAUGUCAGCAUUGUGAUCUAA